AUGGGCUCUCCCGCUUCCGCUUCCGAGACGGCCGACGUCCGCACCACAGCCUCCUCUCAAAGCGUCUCGCAUGACACGCCCCAAGUCGACGAUGUUGCAGAUGCUCCUGGAUACAACUCACCCAUUAACCAUGACGAAAAGCCCGAGCAAACGCAGAAAACCCCCGGAGGGCCUCUACAAAAGCGACGUCGUGUCACACGUGCCUGUGAUGAGUGCCGGAGGAAGAAAAUCAAGUGUGACGGCAAGCAGCCUUGCACUCACUGUACAGUCUAUAGCUAUGAGUGCACAUACGACCAGCCUUCGAACAGGCGCCGGAAUGCGCCCCCGCAGUAUGUUGAGGCUCUGGAGACGCAACUGAAGCGCGCAAAAGCCCUGUUGUCCAUGGUCUUACCUGCCGUUGAUUUGAAUGACCCAAAUCUUGACCUUAACUUACAGAAUGGAGUACUGCCCCCACGGUCCAUGCCCGUCGCGCGCCCUCAGGACCCAGUGCAGAAUGCGCCUAUGCAACCAGUGCCACAGGAACCGAUGAGAGACGAGUCUCAGGAUUGGCGCUUGGAGUCAAUGGUAAAGGCAACGGGUCAGUUGGAUCUGGAUGCCGACGGAAAGUGGGAUUACCAUGGUCAUUCGUCAGGUCUCACGUUUAUGAGACGACUGCAACAGCAGUUCGGAGAUAUUAUGCCUCUUCCCGAACCCGCCGCUUCUCCUUUGAUCAAAAACCGCCCUCGAUCCUACGUCUUUGAUUCCCCGAUUUCCGCUCAUCAUUCCCCCGUUGAGCAUCACAGCACGGCGCCGCCCGCUACCGAUUUACCCCCCAAGGCGGAGGCGAAGGCGCUGUGCGACAGUGCCCUGAUUGACUCGGGUGCCUUGAUGCGAGUUGUGCACCUUCCCUCCUUUUACAAACUUCUGGAUCGCGUCUAUGACGUCUCACCGGACAGCUACGGGAGCGCGGAGCACUCCUUUCUGCCGCUGUUAUACGCGGUACUCGCGCUCGGGACCCUUUUCUCGAGUCCAGAGGAGCCUUCAGAAGAACAUCGUUAUGAGACAGAUAUUGAUCAUGGGGCAUCUCGACAGCUGCUGGACAUAGCAGACUGCAGGGAUCUGACCUCACUGCAGGCUGUUGUUUUCAUGAUACAGUUCUUACAAUCUUCUGCGAAGCUUCCCACAUGCUAUGCAUAUAUCGGAGUCGCGAUGCGAUCGGCCCUGCGCCUGGGGCUUCAUCGAUCCUUCAGUGUCAACUUCAACCCGAUAGAAGCGGAGGUUCGGAAGCGCCUGUUUUGGACGAUACGAAGAAUGGACAUCUACGUUGGGGCUAUGCUGGGUCUUCCCAUCUUCUUGAGGGAUGAGGAUGUCGACCAAGAGUGGCCGGUCGAGGUAGACGAUGAGUACAUCACCGAGACGGACAUUCGAUCGAUGCCCCAAGGCGAAAUAUCCGUAAUUGCAGCUUCCAACGCGCAUACCAGACUUGUCCUUAUUCUCAGUGACAUCUGCAAGCAUGUUUACCCGAUCAAAGGAACGCAGUCUGAUGGCAACAGUUCCGUUACUUACACUGUUAGCUACUCAAAGAUCCGUCAACUCGAGAAAGCUUUGCAAUACUGGCUCGACGAACUCCCGGAGGCGCUGCGACCUGCGAGCGAGGCUUCGCCUAUUAUGAUGAGGGUUCAACAGCUUUUGAGGAUGGCUUUUGGACAUGCCCAACUUUUACUCUACCGCCCAUUUCUACAUUACGUAUCCAGGGCCUUUCGAACCCAAGCCGUCGAUCAGAGGGCGUUCGCAUGCGCCUCUGCGUGCAUCAGCGUGUCGCGCAACAUCAUCCACAUUACCGAGCAAAUGAACAGUCGUGGCCUGCUGAUUGGCGCGUACUGGUUUUCAAUGUACACCACGUUCUUCGCCAUCAUCUCAAUUCUGUAUUUCGUUUUAGAGAAUCCCACCGGCCCGACAAGCCAUGAGUUGUACCGAGAAGCCGAAAGAGGCAAAGCGGUUUUGGCCCAGUUUGCAGAACGAAGCAUGGCUGCUGAUCGAUGCACGAAGACACUCAAUUCGAUUUUCGAGCGCUUGCCUGAGAGAAUGAAGCGGGUGGCGGAGGACAUACACGCCGUCGCUGGUAAAAAGCGCGGACAAGGGCAUUCCCCACAACUCCAACACAACCGCCCGGCGCGUCUCCAGCCUGAGGAUUUUGUCGCUGCAGAUCUACGGCGAGCCAACACCCUUCCUGAAACGAUGCCGGAUCACAAACCCACAUCCGGCAGUACACUACCCGUAUCCCAGGCUCAACUCACCGCUCUGGGGAUUGAUCCAGCCUAUGCGCGCGCUUCAUUGCAGCCUAAAGCUGAUUUCUAUGAAUCCCGGCCGAAUCUGACGCCCACGUCGGCAACCACAAUCGGUGGGAGUUUUGUCGUGCCAGUGAAUGGCAAGAUUCAGCACCAACCCAACCAUUCGUUCCCCGCAACUCCAUUGGGGAACUCCUUCGUUGAACCUACGGGCCUGAGCGUUCCACUCUCCGACGUCAGUGCAAUGAUGUUCCCGUCUCCAGACCCCUUUGCAUAUCCAAAUCAGCCUAUGACAACGUUCGAGAAUAACAAUAAUCCUCAGGGCUUCAAGGCAGACAUGCCCCCCACGGUUACCAGCUUACCCUACCAGGUUGCUCACGAUAUGAAACCCCCAGUUGCUUUUGAUCCAGGAAGCCUGGAUGUCCCUGUGGACUCUCGGCCGUGGAACGACACCGAUGUGCAGGUCUUCGGCCCGAUGCCUAUGUAUUUGAUGCAAGGUGCCCAGCAGCGAAGCAAUAUACAAUCGCGGACAGCUUCCCAGAAUAUCCAGAUGACCAGUUCUCCUAGCACCGGCAACAUGAACUUUGCUGACUUGCUGGGCGGGGAAGAAUGGGCAAACACUUUCAUGGACCAGAGUCUCGGUCUAAAUAACGCUCGGUCUGGAUACGGCAACCACCCCGACUAUGGUCUUUCUGGCGGCUCUGGGCCGCAGAAUUGGCGCUGA